UGUCGACAAUUCCUUGCGGUGUUGUUACGUAGGCGGUGGUAUCAAAAAGUUCCGAGACUAGGCGCAUAUAAAGGUCACAGUUUACCGGAGAGCAACAUGUGGAAUCGUGAGAGCAGCUGGCUAGUCAUGGUCUUCAUUAACUCUGCAGUACCCUUACCUCUCGGGGAAACCAUCGUGUACCCGGAGUUCAUUGAAAGCAGAAGCACAAGUGGACAAAAAAUACUGAAAAUAACUGACGACCUCGUUCUUUCACUGGAACACAAACCUGCCUUCGGGGACCAGUUCACCGUGACGACUGUCGGCGACGAUGGAACAGAAAUCCACUCUAUCGAACGAGGACGUGACUACAACGAGGAAUUUUUCGUGGAUCGGGCGAAACAAGCAUCGCUAAGAAUAUCACAGGAUAACGGCCUGGAAGUUCACGGCAUCAUAGGGGAAGCUGUCCGCAUCGAGCCCAUAUUUGUGAGGUCAAGGUCCUCCAGAGGUCAAAUGGCGCAUCGGUUGGUUCAUGAAAGGCUAAAAGACAUGCCACAGCACCUUAAGUACGCUGACACGUCUCCGUCGAACACGACUAUCGAAAAAUCAUCUACAUCCACUGAAAAUCUCACGGACACGGCUCCACUGCACACGACUAUCAAAUCAACCACACCCACCGAAGGUCUCACUGACACGGCUCCACUACACACGACUAUCAAAUCAACCACAUCCACCGAAGGUCUCACUGACACGGCUCCACUGCACACAACUAUCAAAUCAACCACAUCCACCGAAGGUCUCACUGACACGGCUCCACUGCACACAACUAUCAAAUCAACCACAUCCACCGAAGGUCUCACUGACACGUCUCUACCGAACACGACUACCAAAAAAUCACCUACAUCCACAGAAAAUCUCACUGAAACGUCUCUACCGAACACGACUACCAAAAAAUCACCUACAUCCACCGAAAAUCUCACUGAAACGUCUCUACCGAACACGACUACCAAAAAAUCACCUACAUCCACCGAAAAUCUCACUGAAACGUCUCUACCGAACACGACUACCAAAAAAUCACCUACAUCCACCGAAAAUCUCACUGAAACGUCUCUACCGAACACGACUACCAAAAAAUCACCUACAUCCACCGAAAAUCUCACUGAAACGUCUCUACCGAACACGACUACCAAAAAAUCACCUACAUCCACCGAAAAUCUCACUGAAACGUCUCUACCGAACACGACUACCAAAAAAUCACCUACAUCCACCGAAAAUCUCACUGAAACGUCUCUACCGAACACGACUACCAAAAAAUCACCUACAUCCACCGAAAAUCUCACUGAAACGUCUCUACCGAACACGACUACCAAAAAAUCACCUACAGCCACCGAAAAUCUCACUGAAACGUCUCUACCGAACACGACUACCAAAAAAUCACCUACAGCCACCGAAAAUCUCACUGAAACGUCUCUACCGAACACGACUACCAAAAAAUCACCUACAUCCACCGAAAAUCUCACUGACACGUCUCCACUUGACACGACUAUCGAAGAAUCACCUACAUCCACCGAAAGUCUUAGCAAACAAAGUGACGAAAGUAUAAGCCCAGAAAUUCAUCUAGUAAUCGACUCGGCACUUUAUCGAGGAUUUCAUAACAGCACGAUGAAAAUAUUCCAGUAUUAUGGAGUCGUUCUCAACGCGGUCAACCUGAGGUUCGAGACCAUCACGCUACUUCGAGUGGACGUUAGGAUCACGGGAUUCACUAUCCAUACAGACUUCACUGAACCUUACUUCGACUAUCGAUACUACGACGGAACUACGUUCAUCUCUGACGUGGGCACGCUGCAGCGGUUCAACCAAUACUACAAGAUAAACAGGACCGAUACUUACAAUAGUUCCGACAUCAUUUUCCUGAUCACUGGGCAAGACGUUGCUUUUAUCCACGAAAACGUUUUAUUCAAUCGUGCUGAAGGAUCCACAUACAUCGGAGGUGCCUGUGGAAACUACAAAGUUGGAUACUGCGAAGACACAGCAGGGUCGUUCGAUGUGGUACGCAGGUUAUCGCACGAAAUGGGACACAGCCUGGGAUGCACACACGAUGGAGCUGACUCUGCCACGAAUAUUCCCAACCAUCCCAGCGCGACAUCCUGCAAAUGGGCGUCCGGUUUUCUUAUGACCUACGUUCAAGAGGGCCUUAAUCAGUACAAAUUCUCCAACUGCUGCGCGAACCAGAUGCUUUUUGUAUCGAGAUUGCCAAAUUACCAAUGCCUCAAAGACCACACAGAAGCAUCAACAACGAUCGCGCCGCCUAAGGUCCUUCCAGGAAGUAAUACCAGCCUUGACGAGCAAUGUCGUCAUCGACACUCGAAAUCCCAGUACAACACGUACCAAACCCUAAACGGUUGCAAGCUGGCGUGCGUCAUUCCGGCAGAUGAGUGGAAUGACGAUUACUAUAUAUGGAUUCCUUCUCUGGAUGGUACACCGUGCGAUUCCAACGAUACGUCUAUGGUGUGCAUCAGAGGAGAAUGCGUCAGCCGACCGGAUUACCCCUACAACCCGGAGGUCAUACCACCGUUCCGGUCAACAACACCAAGACCGCCGACAGCUAUUAGGACAACAACUACGGCAACCAAAACUAACACUUCCAAAAAGAGCUGGUUCCACAGAGCUAUAGACUGGUGUAAGAAAAUGCUUCGAAAAUUUGGCUAUGGCGUACGAUUGACGCCAUGGCAGAGGAUAUUCUCAUCAACCCAUGGUUCUAGCGGAAGUAAAAGCAGUUAACCUCAGUCAGUCAAGCGGUUACGAUGCGCACAGAUUGCAAUGUCGUAUCUUUAUUAUGCAUGUGAUACGACGAAAGCAAAAGCCGAAGCUCUAUGGCUGCGCAUGAUACUCCUGAGUGUCUGAGAUCUAUUGAGGGUUAUUAUGA